CAUGAAUUGCUAGCGUUUGACGACGGAUGUCGGAUCGGAAUAUUCUGAUUAAUCGGAAAUCGGAAAUGUUUUUAUGUGUAAUAGUUUAAUGUUUUGUUUUAGCAAUUGUAUAAAAUGCAAUCAUAAUGUCAAUUUUUAGUGAUAUUAAGCAUUAACUCGGUACUAUCGACCGGGAGCGAUGUACGGACAAGCCUAAAAAGUAACCGCGUUUUAAUUCGGUAUACAUCGGCCGUCCGAAUGCCGUCGACCGUCUAAUCAAUUUAAAAAACAAUAGUAGACUGUAGAUACCAUGCGUAAGAUGAUGAGAAUGGUCAAUGGGUAGUGGCUAGAUUCGUAUUUGUUAAACCGAAGAUCACGAUGGAUCACAGCCACCGCUGGCUGUUUUGAUCGUUCUCACCCGAAAACACAAUAUUAGUUUACUGAUUUUCAUGACUCGACUUCAGCCGUUCUGACUACAUCCAAUAGCGACAUGUUUCGACUGUGAACUCAACGCGACAUCACACACUGCUAUAAAUCACAAAGAAAACGGAUGCAAAAUGACUACAAAAGACGAAGAUUCUAUAAAUUGUAAUGAAUUGGAAAGUGAAGAAAAAGACCAGGUCAAAGGACAAAGUGAUAGCAAUACAGUUAAAAAAACUCCAAAAAUGGAUUUAAAUAAGUCAGAUCUACUAAAGCUGUUGGGUUAUUUAGAAGGCGAGCUUCAAGCAAGAGACGUCGUUAUAGCAACCCUUAAAUGUGAAAAAAUUAAAUCUAUGCUGCGAAACAGAGGAAGCGACUGCCUCAUAAAAGAUCCAUUAGCUGCAUUACAACGUGAUUGUUUUGCAACUUUUGAUACCAACAACGAUAGUCUUUCAUAUCAACAACUAGGAUCAUUGGAAAAUCUCGUACUACAACAAAGGAGAACUCAUUUGAGGAUAGCAAAUGUUUUAAAAGAUAAUCAAAUUAUGCAUCACAAGAUUCUUGAACUCGAAAGAUUAAAAAAAAAACAAUUGGAGUACGAGUAUAAAAAAUUGCAACACACUAUGGAAGAAGAAAAAAUUAAACAUAAACAAAUAGUGUUAUUUUUGUUAGCAGAAAGGAAAAAAAUUGUGAUGAAAUAUAUAGAAGAAAGAAAACGGUCUGAAGAUUUAGGACAAAUAUUAAGCGAAGAAAAAAGUAAAAUAGAUUCUAUGGCUGAAGGACUUGAAGAAGAAAGUAAAAAAGCUUUGCAAAUGGAAGCCGAAUUAGAAAAACAUUUAGCUUUAUUUGAUAGUGAAAGCAAAAAAAUGGCAACAGCUUUAAAUGCCGAGGAGAAAAAAACAAAGACUUUAGAAACAGAAUUAAUAAAAUGCCGAAAUGAGAUAACUUCGUUAGAGAAAGUACUAAGUGAAGCACUUCAAGAUAAUCUACCAGAACUUUCAAGCCGUUCAGUUUCGAGUAGUCGAGUUAUUUCUUCUCCAAGUGAUCCAAUUAUGAGCAGUGUAGCAAAAGUUGUUCAACCUACAGCUACUGCGUCAAGUGUUCGUGUAUCGGGUCCAAUGACUGGAAUAGCUCAAUCAGUUAACCCAGGACAAAGUUUAAGAGGUAUCCGAUGUACUGCUGGACCAAUUAAAGAUCCUCAGGUUGAAAAGAUUAAUUUUGAUGAAGACCCGUCAUCUUCCUUAGGUACUAUAAAAAAGCAGCCCAUAGCUUUUGGUCGCAGUAUGCAAUCAUUAGACGCUAGCCCAUCAAAUUCAAAUAUUAAAAAAUCAUUACUUGGCACUCAGAGAAACAUGUCCGUACCCAAUGUUUUGUCCGAGAAUGUAGUAAAGAAACAACAGACUACCUUGAAUCGCGGUGCGCCACCACCGGUUCCGCCUAAUAAGCCUGUAAUACCUCCGAAAAAGGACUUAUCAAUGAUUAAAAAACCACAGUCUGCCGAUAAUAUUACUGUAGUAAAUGAUAAGGAACAAAAAGACUCUGCACUAAGGCAUACCAAUUCAACGCCUAUUAAUUCCAGAGAGACCUCUACAGAGAAACAAGAAGAAACAGUAAAUAAUUAGAUGAUUCGAUAUUAUGAUUUGGUUAGUUAAAACCAAUUAAUUUUAACUUAUCAAUGUUUCAAGAAAGCAGACUUCAUUUUUCUUGGAAAUAGAAAGUCAUGUGGAUUCUGGCAGAUACUUUUCAGAAAGUUUGUUCUGCUAAAAAAUAAUGGAAGAAAUCUACUGAAAUUUUACAUUUAUAUAAUUUUUUAGUUUUAGUUAUAUUAAUAUUAUUUGAUUUUAAUAUAAACCUAUGGCAGCCUACUUAUUAAAAUGUUCCUAACCCAUGUAGCUAGUUAUAGAUGUAAUACUGUUACAUUAAAAAAAAAAAACAAAAAAUAUAUUAAAAACACAUACAUCACUAUUGUAUCAGUAAAAUUAAAACUUAAUUAUUUUAUGACUUUUAUAUUAGCUUUCAUGUACUAUAAAAGUUAUUUUUUUGAAAAUGUCAAUUGAUAAUAUCUAGAAUUGCUUAGAUAAAUAAUUUCUUUUUAUGUAUUAAAGAAAUAUAAUUUUUUUGGUACAUCCUUAGACUGUUACCAUUAAUAUUUGUAAGGCACAGGGGAAAACAGUAGUUAACACAUUAUAAAAAUUUCUUUUUUUCAAUUUAUGCGAUUAAUUUUUUUUAUUUAUGUCAAUAGAUUGUUUAAAUAAAUACAUAUUUUAUUAGAAUAACAUUUAAUGUAAUAUUUUUUUUUUCUAUGUAAGAGGGAGAGGCAUUCACGAACUUUGUUUUUGCUAUACUUUAAAAAUUUUAAUAACAUACUACCGUUUUUCCCCUGUGCUCUUCAAUUUUAUUAAUUUAUACUUUUUCUUUUCUUAUCUGAUAAAAUUAUAUACCUUUUCUUAUUAUAUUCCAAACAAAAAUGUCCAAUAUACAAUCUGUAAUUAAAAUUAAUUCCUAGAGUUCUACUUUUUAGUUUUUCUAUUAAUUUAAUACUGUUUUACUAACCUAACAAAACUAUAGUUAAUAUAAUGUUUUAUAGAAAUUCACAUUAUACCACCCUG